AAACAACAAGAAAUUAUUCUUCCCUUCCGCACGACGAAGCAAGCACUCAAAAAUGGCGGAGUGUAACACGUAGACAAACUGAUGAAUAGGAAAGUGACCCUGACCGAGCAAAGUAAUCAGCGCGUACCUCAGCCAUUGUGCGUGACUCCUGGAACCUGUUAAUUGAUCAUAAUCACGUUAACGCUAGCCAAUGUUUGUCCAAGUUGGCUAACGUCCACGAGUCUGUUGACCGUCGCCGGAGACGUCUCUGCGUAGGCAAGCAACCCGACUCUUCCUCGUUCGUCUUCAUUAUCUUUCUUCUUUUUUUUUUUCGUCGAGACCCGUUCACGCUAGAAAUUUCUCUUCGUUACAGAGACGUGGCCCGGACGUUUUGACGGCGAAUCGCUCAUGCCGGGUGCAUCCGGUGUAUCGAAGGGGCCCAUGCAGAUCGCACGAAAUACAGGCGAGGUGGACUUUCGCUGGUUGUAGAAUCCGUCGAGUGAAACCGAUUGUUCCCUCGUGUGCGAACGCCUAUAUAGCGGGCUGAUCCACGGUGCUGGAUCAACAGUAUUGUUUCGGAUCCCGACCUCUGCUACUUCUUUUCCUUUAUAGUUCUCGCGAGGGAUAUUUGUUGAGUGUAGAUUUAGUGCUGGAGUGGAUGAUUUCAAUCGUGGGUGUCGCGGAGUGCGAGAAUGACGAAGGGUUGUUAGAGCCGUGCGAUCAUUGUAAUCGCGCAUUUCCCUGAACUUUCAUCGCGCAGUUCACACGAGACCCCAUCGACUUUCUUGACGGUCUUCCUGAAGAUUGUUUUCAUCCUACGAGGUCGACGCCCUGCGCGAUCGCCAUGAAGCGAGGGCUUGGCAGCCUGUGCCUUCUGGUUCUCAUAUCCACAGGCGUCACGGUGAUAAUGGAGCCGACGGAGGAGCCGAUCCUCACCAACGAGGACCCAGCCACCUUCAACGAAGCCUUUAGCUCUUGUCUGUCCAGAAAAGAGUUCGGCACUCUGGAGUGCGUGAAUCGCGGCGCCUUAAGUACCCUUCAGUCCCUAAAUCACAAGGACGAUCUGGACUUUGGAGACGUUCACCUCGAGAGAGCCGACGGAUACGGUAGGGAGCUCCUGGACUGGGACUACGACCCCAAGGACUUUGGGAAUAUCGUCACCGCAGCUACCAGGUUGAUGGAACGCAGAAGCCUCAAGUGGAGUCUUGAUAGUUUGUAUCCGGGACUCCAGUUGCGUGCUGGACCCAUGCUGAAUGGAAACGGGGUGCUGGAGUUCGUGUUGAAUGAAAGGGCAACGACCUUUGGCGAUAGGCAGACUGGAACAGGAAGGCAAAUGAUGAGACACCUGCUGCUACCCUUCCUUCUAGGAUUCAAGUUCAACCUGGCCUCCCUGAUUCCACUUCUCUUUGGGUUCCUGCUGAUAAUCACGAAGAAAGCACUGCUGCUGACCAAGAUAGCCCUCUUCGUGAGUGGUCUGCUAGGAUGGAACUCGUUGUUCUCCAGUGCUGCAGCGCCCUAUCCAGGAGCCGGAUUCAACGGGUUCCCCGCGUACCUUCAGGAGGCACCAGGAGGAGGAUUCCCUUAUCACGAUCAUCAGAAUUACCAACAUCGACCCUACGGAGGCUACCGAAUUACCGACCUGAACCCAUACAGUCAGCACGUGAUCAGAGAGGUGGUCGACGUUUACGAUAAUGCCGAAGAGAUGAAGAAUAAACGAAGCGGAAAGAAUUUCGUUUGGGUCAAGGGCAGCUGAGAUUUUAAUGACUCUUGAUGUAUUCUCGAACUGUGAUUGAUCAAUGCGAUAACUCUCGUGAACUGUAGCUGUGUAGGAUUUUAUCACACUUUUCGUAGACAUUGCUUCCGGCAUUUUCUAUAAUUCAUACUAAACUUAAUAAAUUCAUUUUGGUCGGCGAAAUAAAAAAUAUCUAUGGAGAUUACACUCUCAGGCACCCAUUGGAUUUCAGCGUAGCACCAUUUGCAUUUAAAUGGCAUGCCUUGAAGAUGCCACUAUAGCAACCAAGACAUUAGCGUUUAGAUGGAUUCGUCAGUGAUCGUCCACUGUCCAAAGGUGUAUUGUAGGUUAACGAUAUGUAAAGUAUUACUGUUUGUAGAAAUUAGUAACGCAUGUCUAUUCGGUAUUACAUUUUUAAGUAAUAUAGAGAGACGUGUUUCUCUAGAUAUUAGUUGUAGUCUUCGGUAGUUAAUGAAACGUUUCCGAAUAA